AUGGAUGAUAUGUAUUUGGAUGUGGCCGGUGGAUAUGAAGAUGAAUGCAAAAUAACUCAAAUGCAGUACCACUCUUUCCUCCCGUAUUCUUCAACAGCUUUAUCCAAUAACGAUGAAAUUAGAAUAUCCAUUCAAAAUAUGGACGCUUACACUCUCYCCUGCGAGAGCUAUCUCUAUAUUGAAGGUAAAUUAAAUAUACCGGCAGAUGUUGUAGCAUAUGCGAACGAAAUCAAUUUUACAAAUAAUGGUCAAGCGUUUUUGCUUUCUGAAAUCCGGUAUGAAAUUAACGGUGUUGAAAUACAAAAAUUAAAAUCUCCUGGAAUAUCAUCGAGUCUUAAAGGGUUUUGCUCACACACGCCGAAUGAAUUGAACAAUCUAAAAAAUGCCGCUUGGAACGUGGAUAUGGAUGCCAGUGAAAAUAGACAUUUCUCGUUAAAUAACAAAUUUKCCGGUUGUAUCCCACUCAAACACUUGUUUGGAUUUUGUGAAGAUUAUAAAAAAAUACUACUCAACUSCAACCAACAAAUCAUUUUADACAGAUCGUCUACGGAYUUUKAUGCRUUGUACGUUUCGGAGACCACUGCGAAUGACAAUAAAGAAAAACUUAAAAAAGUAGUGAUUGAGUUAAGUAAAAUUAUUUGGAAGAUGCCGGUUAUCAGGGUGAGCGACAAAGAAAAAAUAAAAUUACUUAAAGUAUUAGACUCUCGUAAACCACUUUCGUGUGCGUUCAGAAAUUGGGACUUGUGCGAAUAYCCSGUUCUCCCUYAGAACACUUCUCAUUCAUGGACGGUUAAAUCGAGCAGUUUGCUCGAGAAACCCAGAUUUGCAUUAAUUGGHUUUCAAACAGAUCGAAAAAAUAAUUUAUUUAAUCCGUCUGGACGAUUCGACCACUGUUACCUGAAAAACCUUAAAAUACACCUAAACUCUGAAGUGUAUCCAUACGAAUAUUUCCGUUCAGAUUUCACAAACAACGUUACGGCUAUUUUAUACAAAGCAUAUUAUGCAGAUUUCCAAAAAAUCAUACUAUGA